ACUCAAACCAAACGAAGACUUCUCGAACCAAGAUGGAGGUGUUUAAAAAGUCUCUGAGACUGUGUUUGCUUUUGUUCUUCGGAGCCAUCCAAGUGCAUGGAUUGCAAGAACAAGGUCCUAUAGUUUCUACUAUAAAUGGUGACUAUUUAGGCGAGAGCUUCUACUAUUCCGAAAAUCAGUAUCUGAACUACAGUGGGUAUUUUAACUACUUUAAAGGGAUGGCGUACGCUAAGCCACCAGUUGGCGAUCUUCGUUUUCGCCCUCCUGAAAAGGCAGCACCAUGGUCUCACGCUUAUAACGCUACUUACUUCCGGAAUGCCUGUCCGCAAAGAGGUCCGCUAGGAAUGACGUCAAAUACCGAGGACUGUUUGUACCUCAACGUCCUUGUACCGGCAAGAAAUUUGACUGGUGCUCCCGUUAUGGUUUGGUUCCAUGCUGGGCAAUACAGAUUCGGAUCUGGGUCCGAUGACUAUACUUGGGGUGUACCAUUAUUGGCAGCUGCCGGAGGUAACGUCAUAUUCGUCACAUUAAACUUCCGCUUGGGGGUUUUCGGAUUUCAGACAACAGGCGAUGAUGUUUCUUCGGGUAACUAUGGUCUGAUGGACCAAAAGAUGGCAUUAAACUGGGUUUAUGAAAAUAUCGAGGCUUUUGGUGGAGACCCAAAGAGAGUGACAAUUUUUGGUGGAAGCACAGGAGCAGGCAGUGUCAGUGGGCAACUCUUACAUUCUCCAGAGAGUCAUUUAUUCCAGAGGGCAAUUCUUCAGAGCGGAACAAUGUUUGCCAGUUCAGCGAUGAUAGAACUCAACGUAUCACGUGCCAUUGAUGCAAACAAACAAGUAGCCUCCAUAGUAGGAUGUGAGACAGAGUCAUCGACGGAGAUGGUUGAGUGCCUGCGCAAUGCAAGUGUAGAUGCCUUACUAGAUGCACAAAUAAAGGUUGAUGAACUCUUCGAAGUUCCACAGAGAUAUACCGUAUUUUACCCAGUUGUUGACCGAAAGUUCAUUCCUGAUGUUCCUGAAUAUCUGGUCGAGAGAGGAGAGUUCAACAAAGUUGACAUCCUUCUUGGAGUGAACGAAAACGAAGGGAUUUCAUGGCUUCGUAAUAUUUACAGCAGGGAAGAAAUUAACGCCGAAGAAGCACCAUUUAUGAAUCGUACAUUCUUUGAGGAUCUACUUGAGGAAUCAUUCCCAAAUUACAACAAACUAUAUAUAGAUUCCUUAGAGCAGGAAUACACUGAUUGGAAGUAUUCCGGCUACCAGGAUUAUAACUAUUUACAACAAUGGGCUAAAAUAUCCACCGACGAAUUCUUCCAAUGUCCAACGGACGUGACUGCUAGAGCGUAUGCAGCUGCAGGCAAAAAUGUAUUUCGUUAUGUUAACGCGCAUGUUCCUUCACGUGGAGUUGGUGGCAGAGCUGAACCAGAAUGGUACGGGGUAUCUCAUCUGCAGGAGGGACCGUUUGUAUUUGGUUGGGAGUUUAAUACACUGCUUGAUCCACCUUUCACCCAAACAAAAGAAGAAGUGCUAAUGUCAUUAGAGGUCAUGCGUUACUGGACAAAUUUUGCUAAAACUGGGAACCCGAACAUGGCAGAGGUAAAUGAGACCAACGUAGCCGAGCCCUGGCCACUCUUCACGGUUCCUGGGUUAGAAUACAAAGAGUUGUCACCAGAGAUGAACAACAGUCGCGCAGCUGAUGCACGAGCAUGCUCCUUCUGGGCCAGCUACCUUCCAAAGGUGGCACUCUUUACAAAUGAUCUUGAAGAUUUAGAAGAAGACUGGCGAAACAGUUAUUACGACUGGAAGAAUGUGGCAUUGAACGAAUGGCAGACUGCCUUUGAUGAAUACAAAAAGGUGGCCGAACCAUGCACUUAAGUGUUAUGCUCUCGACAAAUGAGCUACAGAAACCCGUAUACGAAUUUGGCAGCAUGUUUGGUCCGUGAUUGGGAAAGUGCGGUAAAAGAAGGUAGAUCUACAGUGGUGAAGUAUUCGCAAGCCGCGCAACCUAGAAUUGUGGUUCUUUAAAUAAGGUUUGAUAGAAAAUAUGUUAAAAUUUAAAUAGUUAAGGUUUAUAGGGGAUAUAAGCAGUGGCGUAUCUAGCAUUAUUAAAAUGGGGGGUGGGGCUGGUGGGGAGGGCGAGACCAAAAUA